AUGGCAAAUUCGAGCUCUACAGAAAAGCUCGCUCUACACAAGAGGCGUCUCCUUUGUGAUUUCGCCGAAUUGCAAGAGCAGCCUUAUCCCCCCAUCCAGUUGCAUGUUGACGAAAGCAAUACCCUCAAAGUCUGCCUAGUCCUCACGCCGCCUGGUUGGAUUCCCAUCCAUCUCACGGUCAUGUUCCCGCCAGAGUAUCCUCUCCGCGCCCCGCGUAUAUCUACGGACACCCGGAUCAGCCAUCCAUACGUCAUCGGCAGUUACCUGUGUGCCAGCAUCCUCAACACAGCUGCAGACUGGACUCCAGCGUACACACUCAAGGGCGUGGCCAUCCAGAUGCUGAGCUUCUUCACGAGCGAGACCCUGGAGCAGGUCUACGGCGGCCGCACGUCGUUCGACUGUGAGCGGUGCGAAUUCAAGAGCGGCACAUGGGCAGACGCCAAGAGGGCGCACAGAAAACGAUUGCAAGCGGCCGCUGCCCUCGAAGAGGCCGCUGCUGCAGCAGCACCUGCCAGGCCUGACCACCACAGCGGCCAGCACUUGGCGCAGAUGCCCGCUGAAAUCCUCUUGACGAUCAUCGACACUCUCGAAUUUAGGGACCUUACUGCCUUUGAGCAGGCUUGGACUCGUGUCAGCGACCUCAUCGUACAGGGAGAUGUUGUUCGGCUGCGGGAGUUGCAGUGCUUCUUCACCAAGGCCAACUUUAAUUGUGCCAAACUAGGCGUUCGGGGCGACGCCAAGAUGAGACUCGCCCAGAUUGGAAAAUAUGCGGGCCUGGGUCGUCGUCUGACUCUCGAUGUCCUGGCCGCCUUUAUGAACGACAUUGUGCUGCCGACAGAGCCCCCGGCGCCGAAAAGCACGCUGCGCCACGCGUCUGAAAAGGCCAUUGAGUCGUACUUCCACCUCUUCCACAUGCUCGUCUGCUUCGCCUCCGAGGACAGGGCGCUCGUCGAGACGGCGAACCGGCGCAUCCGCGAUUUCGCCUCAGGCCAGCGCCACAAGUCCGUCUGCCCGAACCUCGGCCACCUGCUCGUCUACCUCCUCAUCAGUGACGUCGAGAUGACAGAACUGCUGCGCAAGGACAUCAUCACCGAGGCCAUCACGCGCAACGUCGUCUGGCUCUUCGACAGGCGCGGCGCCGGCAUGCCGGAGCUGUCGUACCUCGAGCCGGACGCCGAGUCGCCCUACCGCCUGAAGAGGACGUUUGAGGGCGGCCGCACGUCGUACCGGCUGCUCAUGUUCUCCGAGCUGUUCCGCCGCACCGCGAGGCCGGGUCGCGGAAAGCCACUGCAGCAGGUCAGGGAGGAGCUGUUUGACCGCCACGGCGCGCCGCCUCCGGGGGCGGCUGCUGCGCUGGCGGCCGAGGUGCGGCGCCUGCACGAGGUGGACAACUUUUACGACUUCUUCAGGGAGAUGGGGCUGCAGAAGAUCCCCGGCGUCAGGUGCUUCACGGCGGUGCUGAGGGCUACGGUCAAGGAUAGCGUGUCCUACGGGUCCUCGAGCUGGGGGCUGAGCCAGGACGUGGCUUAUUUGCUGCGGAGGCAGAAGGAGUGCGGUGUAGGCGUCGUUCCGGGGCUCCAGAUGUUGCGGGGCACCGGCGAGUUCAGUGUGCCGCGGCACUUGACGUUUUUCCCGUCAUAG